CCCGGGACCCCAAGCAAAUACCGAGACUGCGUGUAAGAUUUGAAAUGCCUGACAAAUAUGAAACUACAGAAUACAAAACCUUUUUAAGAUCAGGUGUCUUCAAAAACAUUACCCAGCCAACCUACCUACUGCCAGCGUGGUUAUUUGCUUCUACAAUGAGGAAUUUAACGCCUUGUUUCGGACCAUGUCCAGUGUCAUAAACCUCACUCCGCAGUACCUCCUUGAAGAAAUCAUUUUGGUAGAUGACAUGAGCGACUUUGAUGAUUUGAAAGAGAAACUAGACCAUCACCUGGAAAUUUUUCGGGGAAAGAUUAAAUUCAUAAGAAACAAGCAGAGAGAGGGGCUGAUCCGAUCGAGGCUGAUGGGAGCUGCUCGUGCUUCAGGGGAUGUGCUGGUGUUCCUGGAUAGCCACUGUGAGGUGAAUCGUGUGUGGCUGCAGCCCUUGCUGCAUGCGAUUGCCAAGGACCCGAGAAUGGUGGUGUGUCCUCUGAUAGAUCCCAUCGACCACGAAACCCUAGAGUACAGGCCCUCUCCGGCGGUAAGGGGUGCUUUCAACUGGCAUCUAGAAUUUAAAUGGGAUAACGUUUUCUCUUAUGAGAUGGAUGGACCAGAAGGAUCCACUAGACCCAUCCGGUCGCCUGCAAUGGCUGGAGGAAUUUUUGCUAUAAAUAGGCAUUAUUUUAACGAGAUUGGACAGUACGACAGGGACAUGAAACUCUCGGGAGCAGAAAAUUUGGAACUUUCACUAAGGAUCUGGAUGUGUGGAGGCCAACUUUUCAUACUCCCCUGCUCGCGAGUGGGACUCAUCAAUAAGCCGCGCUUUCCCAAUCGACCUGGUUUUAUGAAAUCCGUGACCUAUAACAAUCUCAGAUUGGUGCACGUUUGGCUGGACCAAUACAAGGAGCAAUUUUUUUUACGACAACCUGGUCUGAAAUCUGUUGCCUACGGAAACAUCAGCGAGCACGUUGAACUGAGGAAACGGUUGGGUUGCAAACCAUUUCAGUGGUAUUUGGAUAAUGUCUUCCCAGAACUGGAGACAUCUAAGGACAGCCAAAGAAAAGGAAACAAAUCAUUUUCAUUAAUGAAGGGCUAAAAACCUCUGAGAUCUUCAACACAGCAAAGAACACAGUUCCAGACCUGAUGCGAGUUUGGAACAACAUGAAAUUAUGUGACAUGCAGUA